AGGGGGGGAGAUCUCGCUUUCUCUCAAUCAUCUGACCCCUCAACACAAAAACUGUGUCUUUCUCUACAACCCUCGCGCCGUCAUGCUUAGUAUUUAUAAAUAGCGGACAUCCUGUCACAAAAAAAAAUCGACAGGAUGUUGUAUUUCACGCCUUUACGUAUCCUAAAAAUCCCCAUCACGCGGACAAACACAAUGCCUGUAUUAUCAAUAAUGUAUAUAUAAGGCCCCCUUCCCCUCCCACCUAAUCGAAGGCAUAUACGGUGACUCCCCCGAAACAUGUCACAACUUCCUUCUUCGCGGCGAGCUACAACCGCUCAGAACUACAAUGACCGGUCUACACGCGCUCCACCUGUGAUAUACCACCCCACUGCGAGCGAUCUUAACACCAUCUUUGAUCAAAAUUCUGACUUUGAAGCAGGCCCCCUCGCUCUUGGAGGAGAGAAGGUGAAGGUAGAGACCUUAAACCCACCUCAAACUGGUCAAGAAAACCUUGGAACCUCCUCAGAUAAAGCAGGCCCCCUCGCUCUUGGAGGAGAGAAGGUGAAGGUAGAGCCCUUAAACCCACCUCAAACUGGUCAAGAAAACCUUGGAACCUCCUCAGAUAAAGCAGGCCCCCUCGCUCUUGGAGGAGAGAAGGUGAAGGUAGAGCCCUUAAACCCACCUCAAACUGGUCAAGAAAACCUUGGAACCUCCUCAGAUAAAGCAGGCCCCCUCGCUCUUGGAGGAGAGAAGGUGAAGGUAGAGACCUUAAACCCACCUCAAACUGGUCAAGAAAACCUUGGAACCUCCUCAGAUAGUUUCCGUGAUCCAGCCAGUACCAAGGAUGGAGAUGGGGUCAAGUUGUAGCUCAGUAAAAGUGACAUGUCACAGGACCGGCCCGGCUGCAGGCGUGGUACCUCUCUCUGAGGGGCAGGUUUGGGUUACUGAGGAAGGAAAGCUGCUGCUCCAGACUGCACACUCGAAAGGCCAGGUAGCACGACGAGAAGAUGAGCAGGAUGAUUCUGAGGAAAAAGGAAGAGAAAGAGACUAUAUUUAUUUGCAAACGUGGAGGAAGAGACGUGUAAUGUUUCCCAAUGAACACUAGGGGGCGAUAUUUGAUUUCCUGUCAGAUGCAAGAAUGGAAUAGAGUCAAUCUGCUUUAAAUGUAAAAUGAAGCUAAAUAAAAUAAAAAGAAGAACGAAGAACGGGGAAAAAGGAAAGUCUGAGAUAACAUUUAUUGAAUGAAGUUUUAAAUGUGUGUUUUCUACUUUUAGAGCAGCUAAAUUUACAGUAAAAUCAUUGCAUGUCUAAACAAAAAAUAAUCAUGUAUAAUAUAAUAGAUUGAUUGUGAUUCCUUCAUUAUUUGUAUCACUUUAUAAAUAAAGGCUUUUUCUUUUUACCCUG